AAGGGCUUAGUUUAAGCUUCAGUCGAUUAGAAAAUGUUGUUCAUUGAGGUAAUGCUUAGCUGCCUUCUAUUGGCUGCAGUUAGUGCAGCGCCAGAAUAUUUACUCUACACACGUCGCAAUGUCAACACACCAGAGCACAUCAAGCCGGAGGUAGAAUCGCUGCUUCGCUCAUCGUUCUAUGCCCUGGAACGAAUUGUAGUGUCCGUACGUUCGACAUCGGUCAAUAGUUCAGAGCACUUAAUACUUGUUACUGCUCUCCUUGAACGAGAGCCUUGCAAUGUCUUCGUUGUGGACCUGGCUGAGGUGCAAAACGAGUCAGAUAUUGUGGACAGUGUGAGUAGCUUGUUGAUUCUGUUGCACCGCCAGUUCGAUGUUCCGCUAAAGCAGCAGCAACUGGUGGGGAUUGGGGCGGGUGCGCAUUUGGCUGGAGCCGCAGCUGCACAAGUGCAGCAGCAGCUCGGCGACCCUUUGCCGCACAUCACAGCACUCGAUCCAAGCGGAAGCAGAGAUACGCUGAAGCAUCGGCUGUCAGUGCAGGACGCAGUGUACGUGGAGGUCAUACACACCAAUGGCCAAGGACUGGGUACAAUGGCGCGACUGGGUGAUGUGGACUACUAUCCCAAUGGUGGGCAGCAGCAACCUGGCUGCAAUGUUACGGCAGAUCCGGAUACCUGCUCGCACGAACGAGCCCUCGAGCUGGCCGCCGAAAUGUGGUCGUCAGCGAACAACUUCCUCUGCGCCCAAUGCGUGUCAGCGGAGCAAAUGAGUGCGAGCAGCUGCCACUGGUCUUUGCAUCGCAUGGGCGAUGGCGCAGCAGUUGACAAUGCCUCAGGCAUUUAUUAUCUGGAGACACAAAGCCACGCGCCUUUUGGCAAAGGCGCCUACUACAUAGCAUUCUUGUAGGGCACAUAACAAUAAAGAGGACCCAAUAUAGUAUAAA